GCGUCAGAGAGGCGCGUACGUUACGUGAGUACUUCGGUCCCCAAAACAAGUUUGAAAGUGAAGGAGGAAAAUAUAGAUGGGGAACGGGGAGGGGGGGGGACAGGUGACAACUGGCAAGCGGACUAACGCAGACUAUCAAAAAUGAGGAAUGAAACGCAAAAGAAAUGGAAAAAUAAAAACAAAUUACCAGUCGCAUGUCCAGCCGUUUGUUGGUAAAGGCACACGAACUCCGAAUGCAAAGAAUAAAGACAGGUUUGAACAGUACCCGGGAAGAACGAACUAAUCACAAAUUCAUAUUGAAAGGGAUCUGAAUAAAUUAAAGAUUUCUCGAACUUUCCAUCUGGUAGCAGUGCCUGGCUCCAGGUCCACUAAAACAGCAAUGAUUAAAAGAAAACGUGCUUUUUUAUUCCACACUAAACUGGCUGCUCUAAUGGUCUACCGGUAAUGAAGUUACAUUGGUGGAAAACCGAGAAAUCUCUUCUUUUUCGUCCAUUUGUGCAUUUCGAAAAAUAAGUUUUGCCUUUGAUUGUACUGGUAGUUGUGCGAAUCAACUAUCAACUACCGAUUCACUGUGGAUGCAAGCACAGGGUUUGUUUUCGACAUCUGUGAUCGAUCAAAUAUACCGUACGGAGCCAAGCAUGUAUCUCUAGCUAAAUACAGUGCCCUGGAAAUACGCAACGUGUAGGGCGACGUGUAUUUAUGUAGAUAAAAUACCGAAUUCGGAGGUUUUUUUAAAGGGGGGUGUGUGCGUUACUGCAAUAUUUUUGGAGAGCACUUUGUCGACGCCAGGCCGGUGAAUCCCCGGCCUAUCGUGUCUCGCCAUCCCGGGGACGGAGCGCUGUGCAGCGGCGAGAAUGGCGCCGCGGCUGCAGCUGGAAAGGGCAGCCUGGCGCUGGAUCGAGGCGGUGAAACCCGAGGAGGUGAGCGCGGAGCACAUCGAGACGGCGUACCGCAUCAGGCUGCCGGCGUGCAAGAGGGGUUCCUGCAGAAGGAACUGCAAGGCAAAUCCCAACUGCUUGGUUGGCAUUGGGGAGCACCUCUGGCUGGGAGAGAUCGAUGAGAAUUCCUUCCACAAUAUCGAUGAUCCAAAUUCGGAAAGAAGAGACAAGAAUACGUUUGUAGGGCUGACCAACCUUGGAGCCACUUGCUAUGUGAACACGUUCUUGCAGGUGUGGUUCCACAACCUGGAGCUGCGGCAGACUCUCUACCUGUGUCAGAACCCCAGGGCAGAGGAACACGACUUAGAUUCAGAUUAUGAACCGCAGACCAUAUGUGAACAUCUGCAGUACUUAUUUGCCUUGCUGCAGAACAGCAAUAGACGAUACAUUGACCCCUCAGGUCUUGUGAAGGCACUAGGGCUAGAUACGGGGCAACAGCAGGAUGCCCAGGAAUUCUCAAAGCUCUUCUUGUCACUGUUGGAAGAUACACUUUCCAAACAGAAGAACCCAAACUUGCAGAAUGUCAUACAGCAGCAGUUCUGUGGACAGUUCGCCUACGUUACUGUGUGUAACCACUGUGGCCGUGAAUCACAGCUUUUGUCCCGCUUCUAUGAGCUGGAGCUUAACAUUCAAGGGCACAAGCAGCUUACAGACUGCGUGACUGAGUUUCUCAAGGAAGAAAAACUGGAAGGGGACAACCGCUAUUUCUGCGAGAGCUGUCAGAGUAAGCAGAAUGCCACAAGAAGAAUAAAACUCCAGAGUCUUCCUCGCACCCUUAACCUACAGCUCAUGAGAUUCGUCUUUGACAGGCAAACUGGUCACAAGAAGAAGUUGAACACAUUCAUUAGCUUUCCUGAAACCUUGGACAUGGGUCCCUUCUUGGAACGGAACGAUGUGAAAUGCGUCUAUGAGCUGACCGCAGUGCUGAUUCACCGAGGUGUGAGCGCCUACUCUGGUCACUACAUUGCCCACGUGCGGGACACCAGGACUAAUGACUGGUACAAGUUUAACGAUGAAGAGAUUGAGAAAAUGGAGGGCAAGAAACUUCAGCUGGGAAUCGAGGAAGAUAUAGCAGAAACGUCGAAGUCUCAAACACGUAAACCCAAGUGCAGUAAAGGUUUCCACUGUUCACGGAAUGCGUACAUGUUAGUCUACAAACUGCAGAACGAAGACAAAGAUCAAGCUGAGAUUAAUGUUCAGGUACCAGCUUUCCUGCAGAAGCUGGUGGAAAGGGACAACAAGAAGUUUGAGGAGUGGUGUAUGGAAAUGGCUGACAUGCGAAAGCAGAGUGUAGACAAGGGCAAAGCCAAACACGAAGAGGUGAAGGAGCUCUACGAAUUGUUACCUGCUGAAGACGGCCAGCCUUUUGAAUUUGUCCCGCUGGAUUGGCUAAAGAAAUGGCUGGAUGAUUCCACUGUUACCAAAUCUAUUGACAACUCUAAGUUCCUCUGUUCUCAUGGGAAGCUACACCCAGACAAAAUAGGAGAUGUGAAACGGAUAUCUUUAAAAGCUGCAGAAGUUUUCUUUCUUAGAUAUGGAGGAAGUCCCAGAUUAGAUGCUUCAUCACUCUGUCAGGAUUGUGUAGUACAGCGGUGUCGAGUGCUGCGACUAAAAAACCAGUUAAAUGAGGAUUAUAAGGUUAUUUCCAACCUUGUAAAAGUUGCAGUAAGCAGUAACGAGGGGUUCUGGAUCGGCAAGGCCUCUCUCCGAAGCUGGCGGCAGCUGGCCCUGGAGCAGCUGGAGGAAGACGAGGAGGAAUCCAAGCACACUAAUGGGAAGACCAAUGGGGAAGGCCCAGCAGUCCUGGAGGCCAAGGAUGGAGCAGUUCCUGAGAACCAAGAGGCAGAAGAUGAAGAGAAUUUAAAUUUCAACGAAGACAUACUCUGUGCACAUGGUGGCCUUUGCAUAUCAGAAAAUGACAGAAAGCUCAUUUCUAGUGAAGUCUGGAGGAAACUGAAAGUGUAUUUUCCAAAAGCACCAGAGUUUUCAAGCACACAGGACUCUUGUCAAGAGUGCAUGAGGCUGGAAAGGGAGGGCAAAGAAAAUGAAGCUUUGAACAGGAUGAUGGCACAUGAGCAAAAGACGUCUCUGCUCAAUCUCUUCCACGAUAAAAACAGACCAACUCUCCAAAAAUGGCCUGAGGACACAGAUUGUCUUUACAUUGUCUCUUUAUUCUUUGUAGAAGAAUGGAGGAGAUUUAUCAGGAGACCCACGAGGUGUAACCCUGUUUCCAACGUGGGCAACAGUGUUCUGCUUUGUCCACAUGGGGGCUUCAUGUUCACUUUUGACUCCAUGGCGAAAGGAGACGCCAAACAUAUAGCUCUGCUCUGGCCGAGUGAAUGGGAGGUCAUAAGCAGACUUUUUCUUGUGGACCAGCCUAUUAAAAUUUAUAGGCUGGUGGACAUGAUCCAAAACUCUUCAAACUCUGGAUACCGGACUGAUCCAGAACUUUGUCUGGAUUGCAGAGAAGGAUUGUUGUUUCAGCAGCAAAGAGAUUUGCGUGAAUAUACCCAGGCCACUGUUUAUGUCCGCAAGGUUAUCGACAAUAAAAUGGUAAUGAAGGAAGCUGCUCCCGAGUUUAAUGUGAGUGGUUCAGAUGCCGAAGAUGAGAGAGAGGAGCCAAAAGUCGAAGGAGAAAAUGAUCCUGAUUUUAGCCAGUCCCACGAUGGGACCAAGCGCCAGAAGCUGGGCGACUCCGGCACGGGCCCCAGCUCCCAGCUGAGCUCCUUCGUCAUGCCCCAGAAGACGAGCAUCCGGAGGAGCACUCGGCACAGGAAGGUCCGCGGAGAGAAGGCUCUCAUUGUGUCGGCUAGUCAGACGCUGAAAGAGCUCAAGAUACAGAUUAUGCAUGCUUUUUCUGUGGCUCCAUUUGACCAAAACCUGUCUGUGGAUGGACGCAGCCUGACAGAUGAUUCAGCAACCUUGGGCAGCCUUGGAGUCAUUCCCGAGUGUGUUAUUUGUUUAAAGGCUGACGAACCAAUAGCUGAUUAUGCAGCAAUGGAUGAUGUAUUUCAAGUCUGUAUGCCUGAAGAAGGAUUUAAAGGUACUGGUCUUUUAGGACACUGAAGCAAACUUCAACUACGAGGAAGCAGAAAUUUUACAAAAGACCAAAAAUCUCGACAUGGUUGAAGUUGAAGAUGGUAGCUGAUCAAGAAUGCGGGGAAGGUGUUUUAUUUUCUUUGUGACUGUUUUGCAAAUUCUGUUCUUCAUAAGUACUUUAAAAUACCUGCUCGCUUUUAAUAUUUAAAGAUGUUUAUGCAUUCUCAGAGGUAUUGGGUGUCGUCAUCUUUGAUUUAGGACUUGAAAUAUACAGAAUUGAGGGCCUGUGCAAGCGAACUGAAGCCUCCAGACUGGCACGAUGCCGUGCAAGGUUUUUUUAAACAAAUGAUCAAGAUCCAGUUUUUUUUUCUAAGAGGAAACGGGUUUUAAUACUCACAAGUGGAUUUUGUUCUGGAGUUCUUAAGUAACAUCUUUAAUUUUGUCCAGACCAAUCUAAACAUUGUAGUUAGAGACACUGGCAGUGUGAGGAUUUCCAUAAAAGUGAGCUUUUUGCUGUCUCUGAGUACUCUUCAAUAAAAGAAUGCUCUCGCUGUUAGUUGCUCAUAGCAAGUGCUUUAUUGAUGUCAUCAGUCCUAAUGUUUUCAAAGAAAUUAAAGAAUGCAUGAGCUAUUUAAAUAUUGAAAAUGUAUCCGUAAUUAGUGUCUAAAAUGAGGCCUCUCUCAAGCCCCAGACAUAUUUUAGGCACUCAGUAGGAAAAAAAUCAGGUUUUAUUUUCUGUUCAGUUUUCAUUACCUUGCAAAUGUGGCAUAGAUACUGCAGCCUAUAGUUGGAUUCAAGCAUUUUUGUUCACUGUUAACUCGUUUUAUUGUUAACCGUCUUUCAUAUUUGCAUUAAAUUUUUUUUCCAAUUUUAAAAA